AUGGCCGCCCGAACCAUCCGAGUGAAUCGGGCAGCGCCGCGGGCAGCCCCGGCCGUGAGGUGAGGCGGGGGUUCCAAGAUGGCGGCCGUGCGGUGGCGGUGGGCGUUAAGCGCGUUGCUCUGUGCCUUCCACGCUCAGGCCGCCUGCGUGAGGAGCGCCGUGUCUCAGGAGCUGCUGAAGGAGGGAUUGCACAGGGAGCUGCUGGUGAAGGCGGAGCUGGGCAGCACGGGGCAAUGGACAGAAGGAUGCACGGUGGCUGCUAGGACUCAGCUGCCAGCAGGAGUCUACGUGGAUCCCGAUGAGCUGGCGUCACUGCAGCAGCACAACGUAACCAAGGCUGUGCUAAUUCCUGACGUCGUUGAUGUGGAGGCUCCUGAAUACUCAGCUCCAGCCCUUACUGUUGUGCUGUACCUCCAGCCCGACCCUCGCUGUGGGCGCUGUUUCAGAGCAGCAUUGCCUGUGCAUGGGCGGUACCACCGGCCAGCAGGAAACAGUGAGGAUGCAUUGGUUGCUCUGAAGAGUCCAGAAAUACUGGUCUGCUGCUGUGACGAGCAUCUGUCUCCAGAUUGCUGGCAGCCUGCUGACGUGGAAGCUCCCUGUCCAGGGAAUAAGGACCGACUCUGUCAGUGGUACGGAGCAACACACCAACCCGAGAGUGAAGAACUGAUUCUGCGUGUCCCGGUGGGGCUCACACAACACAGUGUCUUAGUGUGUGUCGUGACUCUUCUUGCCACCGUGCUCUGUUCCAGCUUGAUUCUCACUGCUGUUUGCAGAUAUGGAGACUUCUCUCUGGUGACCUGCUUGGAAUAAAGACGUGCAAAAUGACUGA